GGUCCUUUCUUAUACACGGGAACAACCUCGUGUACAACUUCAUGUACUUUCCACAAGAAAAUUACCUGUAUUUGCUAUUAAACAACUGAAUUUGAUAUGGAAACUGAACAAAAUACAGCUGAACUCGCUGUUACUACAAUGGCCAGUGAAGACUCAACAGAAACAUUUGUGAUGGUGAAAUCAAAGAAGGCUUCCAAGCGAAAACGCGAGCAGAAUGGAGUCGAUAUGGAAUCCGAGUCCUCCGUUGCAAGCAAGCGGCCUCAGUUUCCACCCAUUUCAGGCGACAAACUUACGGGAGGUUCUGAUGAGAUGCGUAAGGUGGCUGUCCCAGCCCACAGGUACACGCCACUCAAGGAGAACUGGCUCAGAAUCUUCACACCCAUUGUAGAGAACCUACAGCUCCAAGUCAGAUUCAACCUCAAAACAAGAAAUGUUGAAAUUAAAACAUGUAAAGACACCCAGGACAUUGGCUCCCUCACCCGAGCGGCGGACUUUGUUCGAGCUUUUGUUCUAGGAUUCCAGGUUGAGGAUGCCCUCGCUCUCAUCAGAUUAGAUGAGCUCUUCUUAGAAACCUUUGAUGUCACAGAUGUGAAACCACUGAAAGGAGACCACCUGUCCAGGGCCAUUGGGAGGAUCGCUGGGAAGGGGGGCAAAACUAAAUUCACCAUUGAAAAUGUGACCAAGACCAGGAUUGUGCUGGCGGACUCAAAAGUGCACAUAUUAGGAUCUUUCCAGAACAUUAAGAUGGCACGGACAGCGAUAUGUAACCUGAUCUUAGGAAGUCCACCUUCUAAGGUGUACGGUAACAUUCGUGUGGUGGCCAGCAGGACGGCAGAGAGGUUCUAGAGUCAAACGCCGGGGUAAUCCUUUCCUCGUAUGAUGGAACAUCAAGUAUUUACGAGGAGUCUCAACAGCACCUGAUUUAGGAUUACCCUAUCCUUUAGAAACAUUGAAUGAGGUUUUGUGGGUUGGUAAACCCGGUCAAGAUCACUUCUGCUAUUUGAGACACUCUUUUAAAUAAGGGCCCUUGCCUGACCUCCCCCAGGACGUUUGUUUUUGAAGCUGGGCAUAAUAUUGACAAGAUCUGAGAGGUCUGGGACAUCUCAAAAGACCCAUCUUUUCCCACAAGGGAUGUGAGUAAAUGAUUGGCCAUUUUUGCAACAUGUUUUAACAUGUCUUAAUUAAAUAUUUCCAGAUGCCAACAGUAAAUACCCUCAUAUUUAUUGCAACUCUGUGAGAAUUAAUGUAAAUAAAUAUGUAUACGC